CCUAUGCACCAGCUCCCCACCCCAUGGCUCCUCCCAGUCCCAGCACAAACAGCAGCAGCAACAACAGCAGCAACAACAGCAGUGGGGAACAGUUGAGUAAAACCAACCUGUACAUUCGAGGCCUUCCGCCGGGCACCACUGACCAGGACCUCAUCAAGCUGUGCCAACCAUAUGGAAAAAUUGUAUCUACAAAGGCAAUUCUUGACAAAAACACCAAUCAGUGUAAAGGUUAUGGUUUUGUGGAUUUUGACAGUCCCGCAGCUGCACAGAAAGCAGUGGCAUCUCUCAAGGCAAAUGGCGUUCAGGCACAGAUGGCCAAGCAACAAGAGCAAGACCCAACAAACCUAUACAUCUCAAAUCUCCCCAUUUCUAUGGAUGAACAGGAACUUGAGAAUAUGCUGAAACCCUUCGGACACGUCAUUUCCACGAGAAUACUAAGAGACGCUAAUGGAGUCAGCAGAGGUGUUGGCUUUGCCAGAAUGGAGUCUACUGAAAAAUGUGAAGUGGUAAUUCAACAUUUUAAUGGAAAAUAUCUGAAAACACCACCUGGCAUCCCAGCCCCCAGUGAACCUUUACUGUGCAAAUUCGCUGAUGGAGGACAAAAGAAGCGACAGAAUCAAAGCAAAUACACACAGAAUGGGAGGCCUUGGCCCAGGGAAGGAGAGGUACUCAGAGGCAGGACUGUCCCUAGGCAAAAUCGUGAAGCUGGCAUGGCUCUGACCUAUGACCCCACAGCUGCCAUACAGAAUGGAUUUUAUUCUUCACCGUACAGUAUUGCAACCAACCGCAUGAUCCCACAGACAUCUAUCACACCUUUCAUUGCUGCUUCCCCUGUCUCCACAUACCAGGUCCAGAGUACUUCAUGGAUGCCUCAUCCGCCAUACGUUAUGCAACCAACAGGUGCUGUGAUUACACCAACAAUGGACCACCCUAUGUCAAUGCAGCCAGCAAACAUGAUGGGCCCCCUGACACAGCAGAUGAAUCACCUUUCCUUGGGCACAACAGGAACGAUUCAAUCCCAAGACAGGAUUAUGAUACUUCACCAGCUGUUGUGUCAGUAUAUGACUGCUGCGGCUCCUAUGCAAGGGACCUACAUUCCCCAGUACACGCCUGUGCCUCCGACAGCUGUUUCUAUUGAAGGUGUUGUUGCUGAUACCUCUCCCCAGACAGUGGCACCUUCAUCCCAAGACACCAGUGGUCAGCAGCAACAGAUAGCAGUGGACACAUCCAGUGAACAUGCACCUGCAUAUUCUUACCAACAGUCUAAACCAUAAACAGGACUGAAGAAUGUCCGUCCGAAACUUUGCCUUGAAUGAAGAAACUUCAUUGAACAAGAAGUUGGCUUCCAGUUUGCACAGGCGUCAAUGGAAUGCUUUUUUUUUUUUUUAAUUUUAUACUUUACCAAUUGAAAAUGAAGUUUUUAUGUGCUGUGCAAAUGGUUCUUUCAUGUGGUCUCAGAGUUUAUUUUUACCAUCUUUUUUCUUUUUUUUUUUUUAAUUAAAGAAAAAAAUCUCGGAAGAGGAGAAAAAAAAUAUGCUAACAAAACAAAACAUCAAAGGUUGUCAUUUGGAAGAACAUUUGAAUUUGGAAUUUACCUGAAGGUGUAGAUAGAUUUUUUCUUUUUUUUUUUUUUUAAACAGAAAACCUGGUGUCAAGAGGGGGGCAAAUAGAAAGAAAGCAAAUUGUCUUCCUCUAUAAUUAAGCUACUCUGGCUCUCUCUUUCUCUUCUUGUUUAAACCUAGUGGGUUGGGUUUUUAUUUUAUUAUUUUUUUUAGAAAUAUUUAGGUAAGGUUUAUCUUGAAUCUUAAUUGCCUUAAUUUUAAGGACGUCAAAGGCUCUCGAGGCAAGCUGUCAACGUCUUGUUAAAAAAAAAAUCAAGAAAGAAUUGAAAUAUUGUGCCAGCUUUAACUGGUACAGUUUAAGACUAUGAGUUUUUAGGGUGAAAAAAAAACUGUACAGUUUAAAAGAAAAUGUUUUUCUUCAUUUGAAGAAAAUGUGUUGAUAAAAGAAACCAUGGCAACUGCAAGAAUUGGGAAAAUGCUGGGACUUUUCAUGAACUUUGUCUUAAGUGUUGACACGAAUCAUUCUAGAAGGCUAAAACAUUUUACGGUAAAGUUAUUAAUGUUGGUUUUAAAACAACUGCAUUAGAAAUAAUGCGUGGUUGGGGGGCAGAAUGCAGAUUUUUUUUAUUUACAAAGCGUGAUCGCUAGCAAAAGCAUUAGUGCUUUUUAUCUGCAGUCUUUUUUAUGAGCUUUACAAAGUUUUUAGUCAGCUUUGCUUGUCACAUUGCAAAAUCUAGCUUAAGAGCAUUAAAAAAACUUAAGUAGAUAGGAGCUUAUGGUCAAAAAGUGCAAAAAAAAA